GGCAACGGACACAUAAAACUGCAGUGCCUGAUCUGACGCAGGUCGGUACUACAUUUCUGGAGGGGUCUGGAUUCCCCAUUGGUUUUUUUUUUUUUUUGUAAGGUGGUUGAAUGUAUGGUUCGGCUGUGUAACUGGGAACACACACACACACACACAAAGAGAGAAGUCCACUCCUUUCGUCCUUACUUUUUCUUCUCCCCCAAAAGGCCCUGCAUGUCUAACAUUUAGACAUGUUUAGCUUUGUGGAUUCGAGGACUGUACUGCUACUUGUAGCAACCCAAGUCGUUCUAUUAGCUGUUGUCAAAUGUCAGGACGAAGACCGGGACCCCGGAGCUAAGGGUCAGAAAGGGGAACCAGGAGAAAUCACAGAUGUCGUAGGACCAAGAGGACCUGGAGGCCCUUUGGGCCCCCCAGGAGAGCAGGGACCACGUGGAGACAGAGGAGACAAAGGAGAUAAGGGCAGCCCCGGGCCCCGUGGCAGAGAUGGUGAGCCUGGUACCCCCGGUAACCCCGGCCCCCCCGGACCUCCAGGACCUAAUGGACCCCCUGGCCUUGGAGGAAACUUUGCUGCUCAGAUGGCGGGAGGAUUCGACUGAGAAGGCUGGCGGAGCACAGAUGGGCGUGAUGCAAGGACCAAUGG